AUGGAGUUUAAAGCACUUCUGCUGUUUGUGAGUGCUCUGUGUUUGAGUGCCCUGACUUCACCACAGGACAGCUGUGGGCAGCGGCCCCUGAUGGGCCCCCCUGGCGGGUCUCGUAUAGUGGGGGGCCGGGCAGCUUCUGAGGGGGCAUGGCCCUGGCAGGUCAGCAUCCAGAUCAUGUCCCGGCACCUCUGCGGUGGGACAAUCAUCAGCAGCCUCUAUGUGCUCACUGCUGCACACUGCUUCCACAGACACCUGCGAAUCAGAGGCUAUUUCCGUGUGGUGGCCGGACUUAACAUGAUAUCUUCUCCAGGAGGUCAAACCCAGAUCCGCUUCAUCCGUGAGGUCAAAAUGCACAAGGGCUACAACACUAGUACAUCUGACAACGAUGUGACUCUCCUGCGAGUCAGCUCUCCCUUCAUCUUCACCGACCACGUCCAGCCUGUUUGCACUCCUCACAAUGUGACUCAUGAGUUCACUCUCAACUUCAGCCAUUGUUUCAUCAGCGGAUGGGGGAGCACCUCUUACAGAGGCCGGCUGAUGAACAGACUGCAGGAGGCGGAGGUGGAGCUCAUUGACAGGAGAACAUGUAACCUGAUCACCUGGUACAAUGGCUUCAUCACUGAAAACAUGAUUUGUGCUGGACUAGAGAGCGGGGCGGCUGAUUCCUGUCAGGGCGACAGCGGGGGCCCCCUGCAGUGUUACAGCGAGGAAGAGGACAGGUUUUAUGUGGUCGGAGUGACAAGCACCGGGUACGAGUGCGGACUUCCUCACAGGCCAGGGGUGUACGCCAGAACCAGCAGGUUUGCAGGCUGGCUGAAGACGAGUCAGACAGCAUCAGCAUCAGCUGCACUCAGACUGAACACAGGACUGAUCUCAGGUCUGCUCACUGCUGCUCUGAUGCUGCUCUGA